AUGAAAUAUACUUGGGAUAUUUUGUCAGAUUCGGCGUUCAUAGUAUCAGGAGCGCGGGACUACGCGAGGACCGCUUUCAAGGCAGCUAUGGCGUCCGCUCAAGUUAUAAUCCAACCGGUUUACAAAACUAUGUUCUCGGAGAUGAAAAGAGCGCCCCGCAUGCAUGUUGUGUACCACGCCAACUGCCGCCUGCCAGACCACAUGGACCGCUCGUAUAGCGGGUAUCUCCAGCGGGUGCAGGACUCGAAGAACGUUCCCGCGCCGCAGCUGCAAGGCCGGGACCGGUUUAUGUUCACUGCCAUUCCAAAGAAGCUGCUGCCAGUCCACAGCACGACGCCCGACUUCCACCCGCCGAGCCCGCGCAAUGCGUCCGUCAUGGCCACCAAGCCCCGAAGCAGGGGCACGCAGAGCUUGUUCCGGGAGUCAUCGGCGCAGACCAUCCCGUGGCAGCCUGACGGGAAGCCGGCUGAGACUUGCGAGAACACCCCCGAAGUGCUGUAUUUGGACCAGCUGGAAUGGGGACCAGGCAGCCCCUACCGAAUUGGCGAUCUACCGGCAGAUUUUCACACCACGGAAAUUAUUAACAAAAUGCGUCACGCCCGCGCGUGGAUGGAGUUAGUAGAGAAGGCCCAGUUCCCGCGCUGGAUGAAGAAACGGAACGCCAUCAUAACUGACGUGGAGACCAAGGACUGGAUCUUCAGGGAGGCGGAGAUCGAUGAGCUGCAGGAUAUCAGGCUGACCCUCCUGCACAGAAUGCAAGCGCAGCAGCGGCAGAAAGCCACCAACAGGACCAGCACCAAGCUGGCCAAGCUAUGGGCUUGCAAGAAACAGGAGAUGGAGCGGAAGGUAGACCACAUUAGGAGGAGCAGGGAUAGAGAACUCCGCAAACUGACAGCCCUUCACACCGGUGGCGGACGCCCAGGCCUGGUCCAGCGGAUGAGGGCCUCCAGAGGGUCAGGGUCCAUGACCCUCGCGGCACACGACCCCACGUCUGACCUGCACGCGCCGCUAGCCCGGCAUGGGUAUCAAGCGCGCAGGAGGCACGCGGAUAUUGACUACGAUCCGACUCUAUUGUCUCUAGAAGACCACAAGAGGAUAGCCGAGCCUCCAGCCUGGCUAGACCAGUGCGGUCAGAACCUCAAGCGCACCUGUUCCGGCCACCAUCUACCAAGGGAUCCCAUGCAGCUGUGCGAGCGAGAGACGAAGUGGAGCGAGCAGUUCUUGGAGAACCUUCACAAUGAUCUGAAAAAGGCGCGCCUAGGAGCGGCGCAAAGCACAGCCGGGCCACUCCACGUGUUGAAGCCACGUCGCGUUACAGUCACGCCACGCCCGCCCACGCCAGAGGUUGAGAGCGUAGAGGAUUCUGAAGAGGCCAGCCACCAGGCAGCGUUGUUACUGCAGAAGAUUAUUAGAGGACGCGCUGUACAGAAUUUGAUGUACGAGGGCCGCACUCGGGCUUCCGAGCUGACUGAAGAGCUGAAGACCACUCACGGUCUUCAGAAGGAGGACAAGAUACGGAUUGCGAGAGAGGAGGCCAAGGCUCGGGAGUACAACGCGCUUCGCACAGAGUCCGAGCAGAAGGACGAUGCCAUAUCAGCUCUGGUGGAUGAGCUAUGCGGCGGGGCGGUGUCAGCUGCCUUGGACUUCUUGGAGAAAGAGCUGAAACGACUGAAGGAGGAGAGGAGACAGCACGCGUACAUAUUGAUUGCACUACGUGAGAAGGCGAUGAGAGAAGCAGCCGAAGCCGGCCGCCGACAGAAAGAAGAGCACAGAAGGAGAGAGCACGAUGAGAUGUUCAAACAGGUUCUCGGAGUGACCCAAGAGACAGUAGACGCGUAUCUCCGUGAGAUCAUAGACGAGGGUGUGGCGCUGGCAGCCGAAGAAGACGCCGUGAAGAAGGCGCGCUCUGAAGCCGAUAAGAUCGACCUGUCUUUGAAGGAAAACGAUUCUAUGUCCACAGCAGAACAGAACGAGCUGGUAGCAGAGUUAGUCCAGCAGUUCCUGCUUCCAGAAGUCCACAAGACGGCCGCUAGGCACCGCAUAUCGGCGGCCCAGAACGCCAAGCUGGAAGCUGCUAGAAGGACCAUCUUUGGACACUUGGACGAGGCUGAGAUUAAAGAAGGUUUCUGCACGCAAUGCGGCUGCCCGCUAGACGAGCUGUGCCGCUGCCGCGUGUGCCCGCUGCGCCAGGAACCGGUCGAGACCAAGGCCAGGUUCGACCCGCGGUGGGUGCACUCCAGGUCGCGCCCUCGCCCUCCAGAGAGGAGCAUCAGCGAGCGGUUCCCUCCCGAUUACGAAUUCAGGCGUAUGCUGGACACGCUCGUGGAUGAAGCGGUGCUGGAAUCCCGCGCGCGUAUGUCAUCAGAGGCGGCGAUACAACGCUUCUGUGCGCGCGGCGUGCGCGAGCGCAUAGAGAUCACUUUGGACUCGCAGGAGUUUGUUGCUGAGCUGUUCGACCGCGCCACGGGGGCGUGGUCGCCGCCACCUCGCUCCGGGGAGUACCACCACUUCAUGAUGCGCGUGGUGGAAGACGCAUUGGAGAGGAGCGUGCCUUUUGACCAGCAUACCAAGUGUAAGUGA